GAUGAUUGAAAAAUCCACACCUGUUUCUGCUUGGCAAUUGGUCAGUGUAUAAAUUUUGGAAGCUGUGGCCCAUCCUCAUUUGGGCUCAACCACUCAAAGAUGACAGCACAAAAAAAGCAGAGCCUCACUCUGGCCUCCAUCAUGAUGGCUGCAGUUCUGUUCUCAGCCGUGGGACAGCGAGACAACUUCCUGUGUUACUUCUGCCCAUUGCAGCCCAAAGACGCCCCGUGUCCCAACGUCGCCACUGAGUGCGCGCCAGGCCAGCGCUGCGCUACCACCAGGGGCUACUACGGCGUGGUCCAGGUGCUGUCCUCCCAGGGCUGCUUGGACGCCCCACUCUGCGGGACCAGCCAAGUGGUCUACCACAUGGGGGUGGAGUACCUGGCGAGGCACAGCUGCUGCUGUAAAGACAAAUGCAAUGUGCCACCCACGUCCAAAGCCAUACUGAAAAUGCUACUGGGCAUGAUCAUGGAGAAGGCGUAUGCCAACGCCACUCGUGCUCUGAGGGGGCAGCUUCAGGGGUCUUGCGGGGAUGACCCCGUUACCCCGGCAACAUCGGCAUCUGUGAAAUAGGAAUGUUUACAAUGUACAUGAUUUGAAGGCAAGGCCUAAUGGCCAAGGGCACUCUCCUACUGUCUCAGCACGUCCUCAUGCAUUUUGUUUUAGCGAGAAUCACAAUCGUGAUGUUUCUGUGCUGCUCCAGAGAGAGAAAAAAGGUGGAUUUGCCAACCCUCCUCCUGGAUUAUAUCACUAAUAAAAGCUUUAACAUACCA